AUGGGUAGCCAAGACAACAACGCAUUGUCAUCAAGUUCAUUUCUAGAUGACAAAUCUGCCAAGGUUUUUGUUUCCGGUCACCGGGGUCUUGUUGGCUCGGCCAUUGUUCGCAGGCUGACUCAACUUGGGUUCAGUAAUCUUAUCUUGAGAACUCACGCGGAGCUUGAUCUCACUCGACAAUCUGAUGUUGAAGCCUUUUUUGCAUCCACAAAGCCUGAGUUUGUGAUUGUAGCUGCUGCCAAAGUUGGUGGAAUUCAUGCCAACAACACCUAUCCGGCUGAUUUCAUUGCCAUCAACCUCCAAAUCCAGACCAAUGUCAUUGAUUCUGCUUAUCGUAACGGUACUAAGAAGCUAUUGUUUUUGGGUUCUUCUUGCAUUUACCCUAAAUUUGCACCACAGCCGAUCCCGGAGGACGCUUUGCUUACUGGCCCCUUGGAGCCCACAAAUGAGUGGUAUGCAAUUGCUAAGAUUGCCGGGAUCAAAAUGUGCCAGGCUUACAGAAUUCAGCACAAGUGGAAUGCAAUUUCAGGGAUGCCGACUAACUUAUAUGGACCAAAUGACAAUUUUCAUCCCGAGAAUUCACAUGUUUUACCUGCUUUGAUGAGGAGGUUUCACGAGGCGAAAGUCAACAAUGCCAAGGAGGUAGUGGUGUGGGGUACUGGUAGUCCAUUGAGGGAGUUUUUGCACGUUGACGAUUUGGCUGACGCGGUAGUCUUUAUGAUGGAAAAGUAUAGUGGACUUGAGCAUUUGAAUGUAGGGAGUGGAAAAGAGGUUACUAUUAAGGAAUUGGCAGAGUCGAUGAAGGAAGUGGUAGGAUUUGAAGGCAAUCUUGUUUGGGAUAGUACUAAGCCGGACGGAACUCCAAGAAAACUGAUGGAUAGCUCGAAACUCGCAGCCCUUGGUUGGACACCAAAAGUCUCUCUCAAGGACGGGCUCGUGGAUACCUAUAAAUGGUAUCUAGAGAAUGUCAAACAAUGA